UCCACUCGAGAUCCUUUUUAUAUCGGACCGGUUCGCUUUCUUAACCAUCGUCAUCUCUUCUCAGCGGUGUCGUUAUCAUAGUCUGCAAUUACGUUCGAAUCCCACUACUCUCAACUUCUACCUCGUUGCCCACGAUCCCAGUCUCCACAGACCCCGCUAUUCGGAUCGCCCUCGAGACUCAGGACCUUUGGGCGUUGAAGCUUAUUUAUCGUGAUUGUCGGCAAACUACCCAAGGAAGGGUGGUUCUUGAAGAAAAAUGGUAGACAGGGAUCCAGGUUCUCCUACCUGGAAGUUCACACAGUGAGUCUUUCUUUUAGUCUUCUUGCGGCCAUUCCGAGACCAUCCUGCGAUAUGUCAGCUGUGCUCUCUCUAUAUGCAUGCUUUGAUGCUCGAGGUGGAGCUACUCUUGCUUGGGAGUAUCUAUGGCCAGGACCUGCAUCGCCCAGUUCUUUGCUUUAAGUUCUCUGGCGGCAUAUAUUCCCCUCAGCCACGCACUAACCGGAUGCACAGAUGCUUUGGCGAUAAAGGCGAUGUGGAAGAUAUUACCGAGGCCGAUAUUAUUUCAACUGUGGAAUUCGACCACACCGGAAACUAUCUAGCUACAGGUGACAAAGGUGGAAGAGUUGUGUUAUUUGAGAGAAAUGAGACGAAAAAAACCUGCGAAUAUAAAUUCCACACCGAAUUUCAAUCACACGAGCCUGAAUUCGACUACCUAAAAUCCCUAGAAAUCGAAGAAAAGAUCAAUAAAAUCAAGUGGUGCCGACGACAAAAUGCCUCGCAUUUCCUCCUCUCAACCAACGACAAAACAAUUAAACUUUGGAAGGUUUUUGACAAAUCCCUCAAGGUUGUCGCAGAGAACAACCUCUCCAGCGAGCUUACCCCUGCUGGGGUUGGCGGCGGAGGGGCACCACGGGCGCCUCGGUUGCCCUUCAAAGACCCAGCCAUGUUGAAACUUCCAAGAAUGACACACCAUGAUACCGUUGUUGCAGCUGUGCCUCGAAGGACAUAUGCCAACGCCCAUGCAUACCACAUCAAUAGUAUUUCCGUCAAUAGUGACGGGGAGACCUUCAUCAGCAGUGACGAUUUGCGGGUCAACCUGUGGAACCUGAAUAUCCAAGAUCAGAGUUUUAACAUUGUUGAUAUCAAGCCUGCAAACAUGGAGGAGCUUACAGAGGUUAUCACCGCUGCCGAAUUCCAUCCUACCAGCUGUAACUGGUUUAUGUACGCCAGCUCCAAAGGCACCAUCAAACUGGCCGAUAUGCGACAACGGGCGCUCUGCGACCAGCAUCAAAAACUUUUCGAACAGGAGGAAGACGCUUCGUCGCGUUCGUUCUUCUCCGAGAUUAUCUCAUCUAUCUCUGACGUCAGGUUUUCCCAUGACGGUCGGUACAUUGUGUCGAGGGACUAUUUGACUGUGAAGAUUUGGGAUGUCAACAUGGAGAGACAACCAGUAAAGACAAUCCCCAUCCACGAGCACCUACGACCGCGAUUGUGCGAUACGUAUGAGAACGACAGCAUCUUCGAUAAAUUUGAGGUGGUGUUCUCCGGAGACGCCGAAAAUGUUAUGACUGGAAGCUACAACAAUAAUUUUAUGAUCUACCCCACCGACCCCUCCAAGGAGACAGAGAUUGUGUUGCAAGCCGACAAGUCCGCCUUCAAGGCUAAGAAGGUUGGCGUCCCAACGCCGAUGAACAAGGGUGCCAAUGGAAAGAAGAGCAACUCCAGAGCUGGCAGCCCUGCAGGCCCUGGCAGCCGCAUGAAGAAGGAGACCGAUGCGGAUCAGAUCGAUUUCAACAAGAAGAUCCUGCACAUGAGCUGGCAUCCUUUCGAGGAUAGCAUUGCCAUCGCCGCCACAAAUAAUCUAUUCGUCUUCUCGGCACUGUAAGUGGGACAGUUCCUGACUACAGUCAACGGGCGCGUCAACGUGUCAGCAAAAUAAAAAGGAUGACACUAGGAAGGGGACUCCUCAACUACAACAUUCGCAAUGGUAUUCGCAAAUCUAAGCCGCCAGUUCAAAAAUCGCAU